GACGUAGACGCCGCGGCGGCGGGAGAAUGAAGAUUCCUUUCAAAAUAUGGCUGUUCAUUGACAGAAGCUCUGAUGAAGAUGUACACGGUGACGAAUAUUGUUCUCACACCUGCUAACACAUGUAUUCUGCAGCCCAUCAUGGAUCAGAUGGAUCAGGAGUAAUUUUGACUUUCCAGUCUUAUUCUUUAAAAACAGAUGUCUCUUUUUGGGACAUGGUCUCAUUCUUUUGAAUGUGAAUGAAUUUCACAUACAUUACAUUCGAAUAGUUUUUCCCCAGUAUGUCUUCUGAGAUGUAAAACAAGGGAAGAGUGGCAGCUGAAGGCCUCCCAACACCAACUACAUUCACAGGGCUUCUCUCCUAGGUUCUGCCUACAUGGAAAUUGAGAUUAAUUCACUCACUCAGACUGCAGCUGGAAACCUCAGAAGUUCUCCCUUCCUUGCCUCUCUGUAACUUCACUUUAUUCAUUGGAAACAAGGUCUGUGGGUUCUGGCACCACCUAAGCCCCUUGGGCAUCUGGUCAUUGCUGACACCUCUCCUUUGGAGCCACCUUGUCCCUGGCUAGACACAGUCGCAUUUUCCAGUGCAGUUUUGGAAAGAUGCUGCCUUUGGAGAAGGCGUUUGCUUCCCCUCGGAGCUCACCAACCCCACCGGAUCUGCCCACGCCGGGGUUAGCAGCUGGAGUCCAGCAGGAGGAACCUGAGACCAUCCAUGAGAGGACCCCUGCUGACCUGGAGUUCUCCCGCCUGCGCUUCCGGGAAUUUGUCUACCAGGAGGCUGCCGGGCCCCACCAGACCCUGGCCCGCCUGCAUGAGCUGUGCCGCCAGUGGCUGAUGCCUGAGGCACGCUCCAAGGAGCAGAUGCUGGAGCUGCUGGUGCUGGAGCAGUUCCUGGGCAUCCUGCCUGAUAAGGUCCGGCCCUGGGUCGUGGCACAGUACCCUGAGAGCUGCAAGAAGGCAGCCUCCCUGGUAGAGGGCCUGGCUGAUGUUCUGGAUGAGCCAGGGAUGCUGCUGGGCUCCCCUGCGGGCUCAUCCUCGAUUUUUAGCGAUGGAGUGUAUGAAAGGCACAUGGACCCCCUGCUGCUACCAGGCGAGCUCGCAAGCCCCAGCCAGGAGCCCGGAGCUGGGGAGAUCCCACCACCUUCUGAGACACCCUGGCUUUCUCCGGACCCCCUGUUUCUGGAACAGAGGAGGGUUGGGGAAGCAAGGACUGAAGAAGCCAGCCCUGCCAACGCCGAGCAGAAGCUGAAGCCCUUUCCAGAGGAUCCUCAGAACCUGGGGGAGUGGGGCCACCUGGACCCUGCUGAGGAGAACCUGAAGAGCUACCGGAAGCUGCUCCUGUGGGGGUAUCAGCUUUCCCAGCCUGACGCUGCCUCCAGGCUGGACACUGAGGAGCUCCGGUUGGUGGAAAGAGAUCCACAAGGAAGCAGCCUUCCAGAAGGCAGGAGGCGUCAGGAGAGUGCUGGGUGCCCCUGCAAGGAGGCUGCCCCCACGCAGGAGCUGCCUACGGAGGCGCCCCCAGGGGAUGCCCUUGCAGAGCCCCUGUCCAGCACCGCUGAGGAAGAGGAAGAGCAGCCUGGGAAGGCCCCAGACCCUCAGGACCCCCAGGACCCUCAGGACCCUCAGGACCCCCAGGACCCUCAGGACCCUCAGGACCCCCAGGACCCUCAGGACCCUCAGGACCCCCAGGAUCCUCAGGACCCUCAGGACCCCCAGGAUCCUCAGGACCCUCAGGACCCCCAGGACCCUCAGGACCCCCAGGAUCCCCAGGACCCCCAGGACCCUCAGGACCCCCAGGACCCCCAGGACGCAGAGUCUGGCUCUGCCUCCGGAGCGCAGAGGCAGUCAGUCAUCCGGCAGCCAGCCCUGGACAGGGGUGCGGCAAGGCUGGGAACAAAGAGGCCACACCCCGAGGAUGGGGAUGGGCAGAGCCUUGAGGGUGUCUCCAGCACCAGCCACAGCACGGGGCUCACGGCAGGGCAGGGCCCAGGGGCUGAUGAGCCGGGCUUGUCCCGAGGGAAGCCCUAUGCCUGCGGCGAGUGUGGGGAGGCCUUUGCGUGGCUCUCGCACCUCAUGGAGCACCACAGCAGCCACAGCGGCCGGAAGCGCUAUGCCUGUCAGGGCUGCUGGAAGACCUUCCACUUCAGCCUGGCGUUGGCAGAGCACCAGAAGACCCACGAGAAGGAGAAAGGCUACGUGCUGGGUGGCACCCUGGGCCCCUACCCGCCCACCCGUGAAGUCCAGGUGGGGGCAAGGGUGGGCGGGCCCCCAGAGAGCAGGGAGGGUGAGGCUCUCCCCGCACCCCCAGAGGCGCAGAGGUGAGCCGCUUGUGCUGUCCCGGAGGGACCACCCUGCCAGCCGAGAAUCCCAAAAGAGUUAUCAGGCCCUUCCACGCCCCUGGGUGGCGGCUUCCUGUGGUGUCUGUGGACGUCAUCUGCCUGUGCCCUGAAUCAGCUCCUGAGGCUAAGCGCUCCCAACAAGGAUCCACGGGAAGCCCUCACCUCUUUGUAAACACACCCUGGGCCAGUGCUCACAUCCGAGGGGAGCCGCCGGAUGUGGAAGAAGACUCCGCUUUCCUGCAGCCAUUUAGUGCCGCCCCAUGCUAGGUUAUUUGACAUUGUGCAGUGUAGAGUUGCCUUAAAGUGCGUGAUCUGCCAGUGCUUUCUUGAAGUCACCCUUGCCCUGAUUCCUCCUGUUUGCGCUCCCCAGGAUUGCUCAAGUGGAAAUUUUGUCAUCUGUUUAGCCUUUUCCCUGCGUGAUGUCGAAGUUCACUUCUAAUCUGCAAAAGCAGAAGCUGUUUCCUAGUUUACCUCACGUGUCUUUACCUGUGUGGAGUAGCUCUCAGAGAUAGCAGAAAUGCUUGCAGCCUAAGACAGGGUUUUCAGACCGUGGGUCCCAGCCCGUUAAUAAAUUGUGAAAUCAAUGAUCAGGUGGCCACCAGCAUUGCACAGCAAUGAGGCAGAAUAAAACAGGCUAGAAUGCAUCAUGUAGUAAGGCAAAUACUGUUUUGUGAACUUUUCAGCCAUACACCUAAAUAAGAGAACUGGUUGCAAUGUGAGACGCAUUUCUUGCUGGGAAGUUGUAAUCAAAAUGGUUGAAAACACCAAUAAAGAUCUGUCUGUCUGAGCAAAAGAGACUAAA